CACCAGAAUAAUCGGGCAUUAGUGCGGUAGUAAAUAUACCUACUACCACAGAGAGGCUAGUGCGUGAGGAAUGCGUCGCAUCGCUCUGCUCGAUUUCUUUGAUAAUUUCCUUAGCAUCAUCAUCCUCAUCUAAUCAUCCCGCCCCCGAUGCCCGUGAGGCAGCCACUGCCCGUCCCCCUUCCAAUGAGUCCUGUGACCGCCCCUGCGAUACGCUCCUCCCCUUCCACCACACCUGGAUCCGCCCGUGACCUCCGAAGGCACCGGAGAAGAUUCAUCUGCAGUUAGUUCGCAGAGAACAGUCCUGCAGUGCGGAAGAGGUGUCCUGACGGGGUGCGAGAUACCGUUAGAGCCAUGUGGUGUUGGUGUUUUGUUCUCUGCGCCGUCUCUGCAGUCGCCAAUGGACAAAUUGUGUUCGGCGGUAGCUCCAGUGGCACAAGCACCAAUAGCGGAAGUGCCUUCAGCCCCACUCGCCGUCCCUUCACACCCGCCCGUCGUCCCUCUAGCCCCGCCCGUCGUCCCUUCGUCCCUCCACCCCCGAGUCCCUCCAUCCCCGUCCGCGACAUUCCCUCCCCUGGACGGGGUACCGGAGGUACCGGUACCGGUACCGGCCGGUCCUGUACCAGUCCUGAGGGAGUCAGAGGGGUCUGCGGGCCGGCGGACGGCUGCGCCACGGUGCUGAGGAAGAUCAGAGAGAGGGACGCAGAUUACCUGCGCCGGGCCUACUGCGGACGGGAGCGGAGCCAGAUUCAGCUGUGCUGUGCCGACCUCAGCCGAGCCGACUCCAGCCCAUCCAGCUCUCCCGGUUCAUUUACAUUCGCCUCUCGUCCGAGCCAGAGCCGGCCGCCUUCCUUUUCCGCUCCCCAGUCCCCACGUCCCACCGCGCGCCCCACCGCCCGUCCCACCGCGCGCCCCCGGCCCCCUCCCUCCUUCUUCUCCCCCUCCUGUCCCAAAUUCCGGUCCCCCUCGAGCUGCGGCAGCUCGCCCUUCAGUCCGUCCCGAGUGGUGAAUGGGGUACCGGUCCAGUCCCUUGGAGAUUUUCCGUGGAUGGCUGCGCUGAAGUAUAGCUCCGAGCCGCGGUUUAAGUGUGGAGGGGCCAUCAUCCAUGAGAGGUGGAUACUCACAGCGGCGCACUGUCUGCUCAGCGAUGGACCGACGGACGUGGUCAUCAGUGACCUGAACCUGGCCACCGACACAGACGACAGCAUUGUGUCCCCUCCCCAGACUGUGCCCGUUCAGUUGACCGCCAGACACCCCGGCUACAGACGCGUGGUGAGCGGAAACGACAAGGGAGUCUCCAACGACGUGGCACUCAUCAAGCUGGCCCGACCGAUCCGAUUUACAGACUCAGUCAAGCCGAUUUGUCUCGACAGCAGGACAAUGUUCGUCUUCGAAAUGGAGGGAGAUGAGGCCUUCGUUGCCGGCUGGGGCGCUACAGAGUUCGGUGGUCUGACGUCACCCUCGAUGCAGUGGGGCCGUGUGCGGAUAUCCGACUUUGAAAGCUGUCGGAACACCUACGCGAGACGGGGCACCCGGGUCGACACAUCGCAGCUCUGUGCCAUUGGAGAAAACGAACGUGGAGGGGUGGACACGUGCCACGGUGACAGCGGAGGGCCGUUGAUGAAGCGACGUCUCCACAACAACGUUCAGAGGUGGUUCGUGGCCGGAAUAGUGUCGUUUGGCACCGGCUGUGGAAACCCCGACAACCCAGGCGUUUACAGCUACGUCGGGGCGCACCUGGACUGGAUCAGCUGCACUAUCAACUCCAACUGACAAACAUACUCUUAUGUGUUCGGCGGCUACUCGUACAUGUGACGGAGCAGGCUUGCAAUGACUUGCAGACUUUGCAAGAUGCACAACGAUAUUGCACCAUCAUAUUCAGCUAAUGAGCAUGGUCUGUUCGGAAGCAUCAGAGUAUUAAAGCGGACAGGGUGGCAUUAAUUGUGUAAUGCGUAGUGUGUGCCGUAGCCAUGUGGAUUGAAUGAUUGGAGAUAUAGUUCAAAAUGAUUGUCAUACAUCGUCUUAGUCAUUGUAAAACUAUGCUAAGGCCUCAGUCUACACAAAUGCAAGGAUAAGUGAAACAGGAAGCUAAAUUAGGUUUGCAGCUGAAACUUCAUCGAUUUUAAACGACGGACUAUGAUUGUCACGAACGUAGCUCCCUUAUUAUGUUUUUACAAUGCUCCAUGUGGAUUGAAAAAGACGUUUUUUAUUUAUUCAGCUUCAUACCACCAUUUUGCCGCGAGGAACACGGCCAAAGAGAUUAGGGUCAUACACCAUAGCGCAUGUUUGAAUAUGUAGCUCAUGACUGAUGACAUCGUAAUAAUAAAUCUUUCUGGACUUAA